AUGACCAAGCAGCCACCAGCCAAUUUCCCCAUCAUCAGCUCUCGCUGCCUUAAACUCCAAAACAGCUCACAAGCCCAUUCCAGCCAGUCUCCUGCUUCCACCCUUGUCCCUGUGAUCCAUGCUCCAAGGAGAAGCCAGGGUUGCUCCGAGGUUUCUGUUGGUCCGGCUGCGCUGGCCUCCUUCCCCUUCCACGACACACGGAGACCGGGGAGCUUUGCCUUUGCUGUGCCCCGUGCCUGGGGCUCCCCUCAGGCCUCCACGUCUGGGGACAUAGUGGCCAGCCUCAGCCCGUGUGACCCAUUGUUUCUAAAGAGCUGGCAGCUGCAGGAGCCGCCAAGCUCUCAGGCCAGCUGUGGUGUCUUUGCUGAGAUUGAAGAAGCUGCCCAGAUAAGUUUUUCACUAAACUUCACACUGCCGGCUAACGCAACUUCCUCUCCGGUUGUUACAGGUGGGAAAGAAGCAGACUGUGGGCCUUCUCUUGGGUUAGCGGCGGGCAUCCCRUCCCUGGUGGCUGCAGCCCUGCUGGUGGCCUUACUACUUACUUUGAUUCACCAGCGAAGAAGAGGAAGCAGCCAUGAGUCCGCUGAGGAAAGUGAGAGACCAUGUGAAAUUUCAGAAAUCUAUGACAAUCCCAAGAUAGCUGAGAAUCCUAGGAGGUCACCCACUGAUGAGAAUACAAUAGGAGCACAAGAAGCCCACAUAUACGUGAAGACUGUAGUGGGAGGCGAGGAGCCCCUGCCUGACACUUACCGUCCUCCUGAAGAAAGAGAGAGGAGGAGGGGACUCUGGUGGCUUAUACCCAGACUGAGUCUAGAAUGA